AUGUCUCUGCCCAAGCGCGAUCGGUCUCUCGAAGGAUGUGGUACAUGUCGUUCGCGGCAUGUCAAAUGCGAUGCCCAGCGGCCAGUGUGUCAGAUGUGCGUUAUCUCGAACGUGCCCUGUACAGGCUACGAGAUCCGUCUGCGGUUUGUCCACCAUGGGGAGCCAGAGCCUCUCGGGAUCGAUGAUGCUACACGCUUCCGUCGGCCACUGUUCACUGGCAAGUCCUACCCGUGGGUAGAACCACAACGGCAACAGAUGAGUGUCGACCUAGCUCGAGCUAUACACCGAAGUGAUCCAACGCGAGCCUUGAUGCAAUUAGACGAGGAGAGCCUCUCCCUCAGUUCCCAUGAUAUCAAUCUAUCGAAAGGCCCUUUCAGGGUAUUUCAAUUAUCCUCUGAAAGCCCAGAAACGGUAUCUCUCGACGAGUCCGGCGAUCAGAGUCCGAAUGUCGAAGCUAUCAGUGCCCUCGGUCAGAUCGAUGCUGAACCCUGUUGGGAUGAGAAUCUCCUGGACUUAUCACUUGGCCCGAUUCUCGACACCCAAGGCGAAAAUGAGUCGUGGGGUGACGAUCAUUUCGAGUUUCCAGUGCUUUUCCCCAGCGUACCUGGGCCCAUGGAUUUAACGCCAGAUGCUUGGGAAUUACUCUCUUACUAUCGGGAUCGAGUGGUUCCCCUGUUAUCGCCAUUGAACAGCGCCCACCACAAGUCCCCGUGGAAUCAUCUGAUUCUUCCCACGGCCAUGAACGUACUAGCAGAGAAGUCCAUGGGAGGUAAUGUGACUGCGACACGAUCUGCUCUGCUGAAUGCAAUCCUGGCAACCAGUGCAUUUCAUCGACGUGUAUCAGGAGGUGAAUUCUGGCAAGUAACGGCAGAGGGCUAUGAGAAGCAAGCGCAACAAGACCUCUUGCGUGGCUUUCAGAGGGAAGUAGGGUCCGCAUCGAAGCGAGUGAAGUACAAGGAAGUGCUUAUGGCGCUCGUCAAUCUGGCCACAUUAUCGGCUUUCCAAGGUGAACCAGAUAAGCUGCUAGUGUGCCUGUUGAUUGCAGAAAGGUACAUUCGCACCAAGGGAUUGACCAAACGCCGUCUGUCGCGCAAGGUCCGCCUACUACACCAUUGCUACGCGUAUUUGCGCAUCAUCAACGAAACAGUCCUCCUACCUGACAUUGUGACUGAUGAGGGCCACGAGUUGCGGUCCAUCCUAGACGCUCCGGGACCACCCAGUGAGGCGCCCCUCCGGAUCACGAAGUGGAUGGUGGUGCCCGACUUUGGGCUCAGUACCGUCAAAGAUCUACAACUGGGGCAAAAUGACCUGCACCUGGAGUUUCCGGGACGGUGGGAUCUCACGAUGUACCCGGAAAUUUUUGGUAUCCCCGAAUCUUUCGUCGGACUGGUCUCUCAUAUUACCCGACUGGGGAAUGAACGAGAUCGCCUCCUAAAUGGCAGCCCUGCCAGCGACGGGCAAACACCCACAAUGCGCGACUUCCUACUGCGGGCCAAGCUAUUGGAUGAGCAUGUAUGUCGAUGGGAGCCACCGUCCGGUCCUCAUCACUUCAUGUUCUGCGCCAUGCAAAAGGCUCUGUCCGUCUUCUUCUACCGACGCGUAUAUGAUGUCGACGUGACAACCCUUCAGCAUUCCGUGUGGCAGGUCCGAGAUCUGCUGGCACAGAGCCAAACGUGGUAUAGCGAAUCAGGACAACGCGCGGUCUACGCUGUGUGGCCGGCAUUCGUGACGGCCUGCGAGGCAUUGAGUCCAGAUUUGCAGGAAUUCUUCCAAACCUGGUUCGAGCAAGGCUUUCAGCAGAGCGGGUUGGCUUCUUUCCGACUGGCCGGAUCGAUUGUACAAUAUGUUUGGGGCAAUCGGGCGCAGGAGAGGGGCAAGGCUGUGCACUGGCCAGACAUUAUGCGAUCAAAAAAACUGGCGAUGGUGUGCAUGUAG